AUGUCCUUACACCCUACUACUAGCAGUGCAAAGGAAACAAGUUGUUCAAUUCCCGGAAUUUUCUUUAUUGACAUUGAUGACAACGAAAUAGACAGUCAGCAUACAUAUGUUCGAAGAAGUUCUGUAACUACGCCUACGUCGACUGAAAGGGGCAAAAGGCCGCUAUUCCCAAUGAAAAUGAACCAAAGCUAUGAGCUGAGAAGAAGCUUUGAUAAUGUUGAUAAAGAUUUGUUACCUCUAAAAGCAGUUACUACAGAACAUUUAGACCAAAAACAGCGCUAUCUUUUAUGGGUAAAAUCAGCAAAGAGUAUGUGCAGCACUAUAGCAACUACAUUCUCCCCAAAGAUGAAAUGGAAAGAUAAGGGAGGCAUGGCAAGAAAACGUUUUUAA